AUGAAACAAUAUGGCUAUCGGCAGAGUAACUCUGAUCACACCCUGUUCAUCAAACGAAGAGAAGAGAAGAUCACUUGCCUAAUAAUCUAUGUGGAUGAUAUGAUCAUUACAGGCGAUGAUGCAGAGGAGAUAAAGGACCUUAAGGGACAUUUGGCUACAGAGUUUGAGAUGAAGAAUCUAGGAGAUCUCAAAUACUUCCUUGGGAUCGAAGUGCUCAGAUCUGGAAAGGGAAUCUUCAUUAAUCAACGAAAGUAUGUUCUCGAUCUUUUGACGGAAAUAGGGAUGCUCGAGUGCAAACCCGCAGAUACUCCCAUAGUGCAGAAUCAUGGCCUUCAAAUAAUCAAAGGAGUAGCGUCGACUGAUCGGGCGAGAUACCAAAGGCUAGUAGGGAAACUCAUCUAUCUAUCCCACACUCGGCCUGAUAUUGCAUAUGCAGUUGGGGUGCUUAGUCAGUUUAUGCAUAACCCAUAA